AUGCCUCUUACUACUAAGUCCACUCAGAUGGUUAUUGAUACUACUAUGGAUACCCCAACAGAUUUGGGUAUCACUGGUGAAACCUCUACUUCGCUUCCCUCAGGAUCUGAAGAUUCUACUAUGUAUGAAGUUCUCGAUGUUGUUGCAACGGAUGUUCCUACUUUCACGGACGUGGUUCCUAGCUGUGCUUCUCAGCCUUUAUCUUCUCCUGAUUUAGCAGAUCCCACCCAUUUCGGGUCAGAUCUGGUUUCUAACUUAGGCGGUACGGGUGUGACUUCCAAGGAUCUCCUCCAAGCUCCUCCCCCAGUUCUGCAGACUCAAGAGGACUCAAUCCAGCUCCCGACGAGUCCCCAAUACUCCCAAGAUGAGCUAAAGAGCUCCCAAGAGAAUGUGAAUUCCUGGGCUGCAAAGCUUCAGCAGUCUGUGGACCGUGCUCUGAAAAAAACUAGUUCAUCUUUGCUUACUCUUGCUGGAGUUCCCAGAAUAAAAAUCCCAGAUUUUGUCUUCAAACGAGGAGCAGACCUUCAUCAUGACUUCGUGCUGGGCAUCUUUAUGGGCAAAACUCCCUCCUUUGGCCGUAUCCAAAGUGUCUUAACCCACAUCUGGGGCAGAGCGUGA